CACGCCAAGCGCAGCCAAACCAAAAAGCUUAUUACACAUUUUUUUCCUUCUAAAUUUCUUCCGUUUCAUUCGUUUUGGCUCAGCCAAAGAUUUGGUGCAGAGCCGAAUGGAAUGAUCGAAACCACUCCAUAAAGAUUUUGUAAUCAGCAACUUUGAUAUCAUCGCUACUGUUUCCAUGGCCUCCAUUUCUGGCAUUUGUUCUUCCUCUCCAUCCUUGAAGCCUCAGAUCAAGACUUUGUUUCUUGGAACUACCGGAUCAUUGCGCAAAGAUUCAGUGUCAUUUCCAAUUCGUGCGAAGUAUAAUGAUGGAAAAUUUGGUGCUGGAGCUGCUCAAUCAGUGGCCAAAGAGAUCUCGGUCGGAUUGUCUGCUGCUGAUGGAGGGGUUAAGAAGGGUUUGGAGAAAGAUCCUCAGGCGCUGUGGAGUAGGUAUGUUGACUGGCUUUACCAGCACAAAGAGCUUGGGCUGUUUGUGGAUGUAAGUCGGAUUGGAUUCUCGGAUGAGUUCUUGGCCGAGAUGGAGCCUCGAUUUCAAGCUGCUUUCAAGGCUAUGGAGGAGCUUGAGAAGGGCGCGAUUGCCAAUCCGGACGAGGGACGCAUGGUUGGGCAUUAUUGGCUGAGGAACUCUGAACUUGCGCCCAACUCGUUCUUGAAGACGCAGAUCAAUAAUACUCUAGAUGCUGUGUGCAAUUUUGCGGACGAUAUCAUCAGCGGUAAGAUUAAGCCCCCAUCUUCUCCCGAGGGCCGCUUUACCCAGAUACUGUCUGUUGGAAUUGGAGGGUCAGCUCUUGGCCCGCAGUUUGUGGCUGAGGCAUUGGCUCCGGAUAAUCCCCCGCUUAAGAUACGAUUUAUUGACAAUACAGACCCAGCAGGAAUUGAUCAUCAGAUUGCACAACUAGGACAAGAAUUGGAAACUACUCUUGUAAUAGUGAUUUCGAAGAGUGGAGGCACUCCUGAAACUAGAAAUGGUUUGCUGGAAGUACAGAAGGCGUUUCGCGAGGCUGGCUUAAAUUUUGCAAAACAGGGUGUUGCUGUAACACAAGAAAAUUCAUUGUUGGACAACACUGCAAGGAUUGAAGGAUGGUUGGCCAGGUUCCCAAUGUUUGAUUGGGUAGGUGGUAGAACAUCAGAAAUGUCUGCAGUUGGUCUACUUCCAGCGGCACUUCAGGGAAUUGACAUUCGAGAAAUGCUUGCUGGUGCUGCUUUGAUGGACAAUGCAACCAGAUCAACUGAGAUUAGAAAUAAUCCUGCAGCAUUGCUUGCUUUGUGCUGGUAUUGGGCUUCUGAUGGCAUAGGAUCUAAGGAUAUGGUUGUUCUUCCCUACAAGGAUAGCUUGUUAUUAUUUAGUCGUUAUUUGCAGCAACUGGUCAUGGAAUCCCUUGGAAAAGAGUUUGAUCUCGACGGAAAUCGGGUUAAUCAGGGACUUACAGUAUAUGGGAACAAAGGGAGUACAGAUCAACAUGCCUAUAUUCAACAAUUGAGGGAAGGUGUGCACAAUUUCUUUGUGACAUUUAUUGAAGUUCUGCGUGAUAGGCCCCCUGGUCAUGAUUGGGAGCUUGAGCCAGGUGUUACAUGUGGUGACUACCUUUUCGGUAUGCUACAGGGAACAAGAUCUGCACUCUAUGCUAAUGAUAGGGAGUCCAUCUCAGUCACCGUUCAAGAAGUGACUCCUAGAACUGUUGGCGCAAUGGUAGCACUUUAUGAAAGAGCAGUAGGAUUAUAUGCCAGCCUUGUCAACAUUAAUGCAUACCAUCAACCUGGUGUGGAAGCUGGAAAGAAAGCAGCAGGGGAAGUGUUGGCUCUCCAAAAGCGCGUCUUGGCAGUACUUAAUGAGGCCAGCUGUAAAGAGCCUGUGGAACCAUUGACACUUGAUGAAGUAGCUGAACGCUGUCAUGCUCCUGAGGAUAUUGAAAUGAUCUACAAGAUUAUUGCUCACAUGGCCGCCAAUGAUAGAGCACUGAUUGCUGAAGGCAGUUGUGGCUCACCACGCAGCAUUAAGGUUUUCCUUGGAGAAUGUAAUCUUGACGAGUUGUAUGCUUAGGAUUAAACAGCAGUAAUGUUCUAAUGCUCUUAUGUGUGGUUGCUGUUUGGAUCUCUUAAUAAAAUUGAAAAUACUUUUGCUGUUGAUGUCAUUCAGGCUUUUCAGAUCUCAACCUCGAGAAUAAUGGAAAAUAAUUCUAUGAAGAGUUUUUUUUUUU